UGAAAAAGCAUGUGUAUUUUCAUGGAGUAAUACUUUUCUAUAUUUAAUUCUGAAUGGUUUGUAGAAACGCCGUUGGGACUACGCAGGUCACGUGACCGGGCAAACCUGAAUUCGUUCUUCUUAAUCAGCACGAGCUGCUUUUUGGAGGCUGUUUGUUGUGUCCUGCUACAAUGGCAGAGUCUCGGAGAGUUCCGCUGACCACUUUGAGUCCCGAUGUUCAGUUUUCUACCAACAAGCCGGCUCCAGGCCUAAAGAUCUCCCCGGGUGUUUUGCAGGAAAACGAACCCCGUUCAGAGGAGCCCCCUGGCAGCAGCAACGUCCGACUGGUUCUCACCUUAAUUGAGCCCGACAAGCUGAGCUUUCCGGAGUUUAACUACCGUCAACUUGUUGAAAACGAGAGAAGAUCAGAACAAGAGGAGAGAGAUGUUUCUGCCAUUGCAGGAAGAUUGAAGGACAAAUAUGGUAGAAAGCACAAGACGACCGACCGUAUUCAGGACUUGAUUGAUAUCGGAUAUGGUUAUGACGAUGACGAUUCUUUCAUUGACAACUCGGAAGCUUACGAUGAGUUUGUGCCAUCCUCCAUCACGACCGAGUUUGGUGGAUUCUACGUGAACUCUGGUAAAUUGCAGUUCCGCCAAGCCUCUGAAACCGAGACUGACGACUGCUCAACAGAAGAGGGAACAUUUGAGCCCAAGAAGAAACCCGUCUGUGAACAAGAUCAAAUGGAGAAGUAUUGCAAAACAAGUAGAGUGGUGAAAGGUCCUAAAGAUCUGAAGUUAAGCUCUUUGUCUAAAACUGGGCUGAAUGAGAGGAAGAUGAAGAAGAAAAAGACUAUCAAGACUCUGAGUGUCACCAACAUGUUGAAGAAGUUUCAGAGGGAGAAGGAACGGCAGAAGAGGAAAGCCAGUCAGCUGGCAGCAGAUAUGAACACUACCACAGACCCUCUGUUCCCUGCAGAUGCAGCUGGAGGCGGCAGCUCUGGUCUGACCGACCCUAUCCUCAGUUUAAUCGGCUCCACCAAUGAUCAUGCUCUUAUCCAAGCAGCCAGCACCGUGGAUUUCGAUAUUGAUUUAGACUCUUUAUUAGAAGCCAGUGAGGGGAACUUGUCUCCAAAAUCACUUCCUCAAACUUUGACCGACGCACAGCUGAUCCAAACCAGGACAGACGAUCAGACUCGGCUGAACCUUUUGCCUGAUGCUGAAUCCCGAGUUUUUAAUCCGAAGAGCACCUCUCUGCUGAAACCUCAUCCAGAGCAACAGCUGCUGCCUGAACUUGGUUUACCACCGUCUGAAUGUCUCCUCAUGCCAGACGGACUUCCCCCAGCGCUGGAGGAGAGCAUCAGAAAGCUCAUGGUGGCUGCAAAGACAUCAGAGGGAGAGUCAAAACUCAAGUUCUUCAGCCCAGAUAUCAACUCAAUCCUCUUGGACAUUGAACUGCUGUGUCAGGAGCUGAGUGGCCAGCUCCGCUCCAAGGUCUACAGAUACCUGGCAUUGUUUCUGCCCUGCAGCAAGGAAACUCUUCUCAAGCGUGUGAAGAAACUGUUGGCCACACAUGAGGAGGAACCUGCAUGUGUAGAAGAUUCCCUGCAGAAACUGAAGGAAGCCAUUGAAAGAUCAAUGCCAGAGCAGAUGGCGUGCUUCCAGGAAAACUGUCAAGCUUAUGAGCAACUCAAAAUGUCAAAGUCCACAGAAGAGGAAACUGUGGAGGAGAAAAUUUUGAGAAGAGGUCCAACCAAGUUGUUCAGAUGGAAUCAGGAAAUCAGGGAGUGCUUGGGUCACGUGCUGAAGGAGAAAAUGGAGAGCUGUAGGAAAGAAGGCAGGAAUGACCAAGGCAUUGAAGACUACCUUAAAACCCUGCUGCACAAUGAAGUGAAACCACUCUGGCCAAAGGGAUGGGUUCAGUUUAGGACGCUGAUGAGGGAGAGCAGGAAGUUGUUGGGCCUUGUUCCUUCAUUGCAAGGAAACAAGACCAAGCUUUUGAAGAAGCAGUACUCUACUGGUGGUGCUUGUAGGUCUUCAGAUGGCUGCACUGAUCAUCAAAGAGCACCAGAACGGUCUGAAACUUCCCCAGGAGCAGAUGUCUUCAUGAUGGAUUCAACCGUCUCCAGUUGUGUUGAUAAGGACGGAGCCCUGGGUAUACUUGCUGAGCAAGCGCUGGUUCAUGAAUGCCCCCCAACCCUUAACCACGACGUAGCAGCGCCUGUGGGAAUGCACUGGAACACGAGCUGUCUCUCCUCCUCGCUCCAGCCCAGUCCGUUCUCCUGUGGGUAACUUUGAUGCCGAAAUUAACACCUUAAACACUGAGGUACAGCUAAUGUUUCUGUGUUCAUGUUGAGUCAGUCGGUUUUGUUUUAAGCUCCAGCGUGGGACCUGAUGCACCAAGAUGGUGUCUAAAAAUCAAAAACUGAAAAUAAUUUGUAUAUUGUGAGACAUUAAGCUAGAUGAGUCGUAGUGGAUAAAGCUCAUAACGCCAAGGUUUAAAUGUUUUAUACAUCUGAAAACUAAAGUCUGCCACUCUUACUUUGAGUUGAAGGUCUUUAUAUCCGACCCUGGAUGAACGAAGGGGUUGGGCGGACUUCAGAGCUGAGAAGACCCUGAACUACACUUGGUCUUGAUCUCCAUGCAUGUGUCCUAGGUCUCAGCAGCACUCUGGGCAUUACUGUUGGGUUCUGAGCUACACUGAUUUUUUUUUUCAGCAAUAUAAUUGUCUGACUUUGUUUUCUGAUUUGUUUACAUUCUCUAAAAAAUAAACAUUGAUAAAUCAGUUGAGUAAAA